AUGUUGCGUCCUCUUUUCCACGACGGUGAGGUUUUUGAUGAUUCUCAGCCUACAUUUCCUGGGGCUCGUCCGGGCAACACGCAGUUCUUCCCGACCAAAGAUUUCCACCCACACCUAGACCUUGAAAGAAGUAUUGUCGGUAUUCCACCUGUCAAGCCGGGAGAUUAUGUUUUCUGGCAUUGUGACCUGGUACACGAGGUCGACCGCUUCCAUCCAGGAAAAUUCAAUUCUAGUGUCUCCUACAACGCUUGCAAUCCACUCACCCCAUACAACAUCCAUUCCUUGGUCGGUGUUCGAGAUGCGUUCAGAAGAGCAGCGCCUCCCAAAGACUUUGCUCUCUAUGAAUAUGCCAAUGAGGAGGAGAAUCAACACGAAGACCAUGGUGCCAAAGAAGACAAUGUUCUCACUGAUGAUGGUCGUCGAACCUUGGGUUUGCUCAAGUUUGACGAGAAUGAAGAGGGAUUGACUGAAGGACAAAGAAAAGUUCGAAAACUUGCCAAUGAAAUGUUAGGGUUUUCUUAA